AUGAGUUCACUGACUUUUGGAAGUCGAAGCAUCAGUGUUUUCUCAGGCCAGGAUCGUUCGGAGCGGGUUUCUCUCACUAUUGUGAAAUGGAAAACCCGAAAUGGAGCACGAGCAGAGCUGAGUUUGUAUGCCUCCAGCCCAUCUUACUUUCGUGGCUUUACCCUCAUUGCUCUGAAGGAAGGAAGGGAGGGCGUCACUCCUGAUGAUUACGCUGGCACUUUCAAGCUUAUUGAUGAAAGUGACACGCAGUUUAUGACCAACUGCCCCCCAGCCGUCACAGAGAGCAUUCCCAGAAGACGCACAAGGAUACAGGUGUUCUGGACAGCGCCACCUUCUGGCAGUGGUUGUGUCACUCUCAAGGCCAGUGUUGUACAGCGAAGAAUCAUUUUCUUCCAAGAUGAGGGCUCACUUACCAAAAGACUCUGCGAGAAAGAUCCAGUUGCGAUGACUGAAAAACCCAUGCAAGAGUGCUGUGCUUGUGGAACAGCCAAGUAUAGAGUCACUUUCUAUGGAAACUGGUCUGAGAAGGUACAUCCCAAAGACUACCCAAGACGUGCUAAUCAUUGGUCGGCUCUCAUUGGUGCGUCUCACUCGAGAAGCUAUAUGUUAUGGGAGUAUGGAGGUUUCGCCAGUGAAGGAGUCAAGCAGGUGGCUGAGUAUGGAUCACCCGUCAAAAUGGAGGAGGAGAUUCGACAAAAGGGUGAUGAUGUUAUGACGGUUAUCAAAACCAAAGCCCAGUGGCCCGCCUGGCAGCCUCUUAAUGUGCGUUCCUCCCCCUCGGCGGAGUUCUCGGUGGAUCGAGCCCAUCAUCUCAUGUCUUUCCUGACUAUGUUGGGCCCCAGUCCGGACUGGAACGUGGGAUUGUCUGGGGAGGACCUGUGCACCAGGGAUUGCGGCUGGGUCCAGAGACUGGUGAAGGAUCUGGUGCCGUGGGAUGCCGGUACUGACAGCGGGGUCACUUAUGAGUCUCCCAAUAAACCCAGCAAUCCCCAGGAGCGGAUUCGACCCCUCACCAGUUUGGAUCACCCACAGAGCCCCUUUUAUGACCCUUCCGGUGGCCCCAUCACACCCCUUGCCCGAGUAGUAGUGGAGAGAAUCGCAAGAAAGGGAGAGCAGUGCAAUACCGUGCCCGACACCAUAGACGAUAUCGUUGCUGAUAUUGCUCAGGAGGAGAAGGAGGAAGCAGACAACACUCCAGAGACGUGCAUCUACUCAAACUGGUCUCCGUGGUCAGCCUGCAGCUCCUCCACCUGUGAUAAGGGUCGACGGAUGAGGCAGAGGAUGCUAAAAGCGCAGCUGGACCCCAGCAUGCCCUGCCUGCAUACCCAAGACUUUGAGCCCUGCAUGGGGCCGGGCUGCAGCGAGGAGGAGGCGUCCACCUGUAUGAUGUCAGAGUGGAUCAGCUGGUCUCCGUGCAGCGCCUCGUGUGGAAUGGGCAUGAGGUCCAGAGAGAGAUAUGUCAAGCAGUUCCCAGAGGACGGCUCCAGCUGCACGCUGCCAACCGAGGAGACAGAGAAGUGUGUGGUCAACGAGGACUGUUCACCCAGUAGCUGUGUGGUGACCGAGUGGGCUGAGUGGGAGCCCUGCAGCGUGAGCUGUGGAGUGGGGAUGAGGAAGAGAGAGCGCAUGAUGAAGAUGGAGGCCUCAGAUGGCUCGCCCUGUCGAGCGCAGCUGGUGGAGGCAGAGAAGUGCAUGAUGCCUGAGUGCAACGAGGUGGUGUGUAUGCUGUCUCCGUGGUCAGACUGGGGAGAGUGCAGUGUGUCUUGCGGGGUGGGCAUGCGUUCCCGUCAGCGCAUGCUGAAGACGCCUGUAGAGCCCAGCUUGUGUUCAGAUGAACUCGAGCAGGUUGAAAAGUGCAUGCUUCCUGAAUGCCCCACGGACUGCAUGCUGUCGGAGUGGUCGGAAUGGUCAGAGUGUAAUAAGUCUUGUGGGAAGGGUCACAUGAUCCGGUCACGGAUGGUCAAGCUAGAGCCUCAGUUUGGAGGCAUGCCCUGUCCCGAGACGGUCCAGAGGAAGAAAUGCAAGAUCCGCAAGUGCAUGAGAGGUUCCCGUACCAGCGACAAGAAGAAGAGACAGGAAGCUUCAGACAGGAGGAGAGCAAAACCGAGCAGGGAGUCUGUGGCAGAGGAGAGCUCAGGUCCAGAAUUAUUUAGUAUUUACUUAUUGCAAGUUUAGCUCUCUGUCAACCGAUCAUUCCUGGAAGCAGGAUUUAUGUUAAUUGCUCAUGGUUUGUGCAGCUGAAUUUGACUUGAAUUUGAAUUUGAUUUAUCUGAGACAGUUAUUCCGAAGAAGUCUUUGCAAUCUUUCAUCAGUAUAUAAUAACUUUUCAAACUUUUCUUGGCUGAUUUCACCUUGGUACAGAGCUCCUAAAGGGACAUGGUGAUGAAAAAUAAUAUGCAAUGGGACAGAAAAAACAUUGUUUACUCACAACUUUUUGCAUUGUCUCGUGAAAAUAUUCUCCUAAGAAUAUUUUGCAUUCUCAUGUAAAACCUGUGUGUUCCCGCGAGAGACUUCUGCACAGUGCUUCACUCUUGUACAUAAUUACUUGAGUAAGCUGUACAGAGCUCCAAAAGGGACAUGGUGAUGGGAAAAAAAUGAGAUUGAGGAAAAUGAGGAAGGAAAAAUUGUAUUUUAAUACUUUUGCAUUCAUUUGCAAAACUUUUGGGAUCCCCCAGGAAAUUUAGCUUUUGUUGAUGAAAAUAAUACGAAGUGGCUGGCAAAACUGUAUUUCAAUACUUUAGCAAAGUUUCUCUAUGGAACGCAAAAGUUUUUUCGAGCAAAAGCACUCUUUCUCUGUGGGAACACAAAAUGUUUUGUGAGUG